GCUAGUAAGGGAAGACUAGUACAUGCACCCACUAUUUUCUCAUUUUUCUAGUACUUUCGUAUUUUUCUAAGAUAAAGCUACAUAAUAGUUAGAUAAUUGUGAAAAACUUCUAUUGGUGCACCCAUUAAUUGUUUUUCUUUACCUCAUGCCCCCAUUAUAAUUGACUUCUAGCUUCGCCUUGUACCGUAUUUUUUGUAAUUAUAUAAUAUAGAUGUGAGAGUAGACAAGUUGUGGGUUUUACAUUUAAUCAAAUUGAUUAUUAGUUUAGAUUGGAAUUCUGUCUCCCAUGUUGUUAGGCUAAAAUUAGAUAUAUAUUUUUCCCUCCAUGAGCGUUUACUUUCAGAGUUUCUUUCCUCGAUUCCAAAUCCUUCUCGGAGUCGUGCACAGCUCGCUUAGAAAUUUUGAAGGAUCUUUGAUUCCGAAGACAUUCUCAUUUCAUUCUUGGUUACCUUAAUAAGUUUUUCAGCAGAUGGAAGCCCAAAAUGCCCAAAGGAGGAGUUAUCAGGUGGUUAUAGCAGCAACGAGAGACAUGGGUAUUGGUAUUGAUUUGAAACUUCCUUGGGAUUUACCCAAUGAAUUUCAGUUUUUCCAAGAUGUAACAAGUAGGACAUCUGAUCCUCGUAAGAGGAAUGCAACUAUCAUGGGAAGAAAGUCAUGGGAAGCUACUCCUCUCGAGUUUCGUCCCCUUCCUGAUCGCCUAAACGUUGUCCUCACAAGAUCCAACUGUCACAGUAUCCCCACUGAUGAUGAUAACGUAAUGGUGUGUGGUAGCAUGGAAUCGGCUCUUGAACUUUUAGCCAAACCGCCUUAUUCAUUUUCCAUCGAGAAGGUCUUUUUCAUAGGAGGCGGCGAGUUGUUAAGGCAUUAUAUGAAUGCACCAAGCUGUGAUGCUAUCCACCUAACAGAAGUUGAUAUAAGCGUGACAUGCGACACAUUUGCACCGAGGGUGGAUACUUGUCUAUACCAUCCAUGGUACUCAUCACUUCCAGUUGUGGAAAAUGGAAUUCGAUAUUGCUUUAACACUUAUGUUCGAAGAAAAGAUCUCAUUUUUGGAUCUGGUGCGGAGGCAGAGCAAUACUCGUUCUUGCCUAAGAUGGUUUUCGAGAGGCAUGAGGAGUUUGGUUACUUGAAUCUUGUUCAAAACAUUAUAUCUAAUGGGGACAUGAAUGACAAUAAUACUCUUCUGUCGAAAUUUGGCUGUCAGUUGCGGUUCAAUCUGCGCAAGACUUUCCCCCUUCUCACAACCAAGAAAGUGUUCUGGGUAGGCGUUGUAGAAGAAAUCUUACAACUCAUCAGUGGUUCAACCUAUCCCAAGGAAAAGGGUAUUAAUCAUAUAUGGGAGAGUGAUAAGGCUAAAGAAUAUCUUGACAGUUUCGGAGUGAAUGCCACAGAGGAAGAUGGAGACCAUCCACUCUUGACUGGACUCUACUGGAGUUACUCUGAUGCUAGCCAAGAAUUCAAUCAGAUCUCUGAUGUUAUAAACAAGAUUAAGAACAAUCCUCAUGAUCGAGGGAUAACACUUUCAGCUUGUAAGUUGUCCAUAUCUCCUUGCCAAACGUUCGCACAGUUCUAUGUGGCGAAUGGUGAACUUUCCUGUCAAAUCUACCAGAGCUCAACUGAAGCAAGUCUCGGGAUUCCUUUCAGUAUCGCAGCAUACUCUCUCUUGACAUGCAUCAUGGCUCAUGUUUGCGGUACACAUGUUGUUGCUGGUGAUUUCAUCCAUUUGAUUGGAGAUGCUCAUGUUAAUACAUCUCACACCAAGGCUAUACAAAGACAGCUUCAAAUCUCCCCAAAACCCUUCCCGACGUCGAGACUUAGCUUGCAGAGGAAAAAAGUAGUAGAAGCGAAAGAGAAACAAAGUCAAGGAAGAGAUGGGUACCCAGAACACUCAAACCGACAACCAGCCAACAGCUACACUUCCUACAACAUCUUGCAAAAAGCAUGUGAAUGAUGAUAAUGCCACUUUCCUUGCAAACCUCAAGGAUCGUUUCACUGAAUUGGUCAAUACCCCUAUGGAUGAACACAAGACUUGUUUCAAAAACACCAUGGACAAGGUUCUUUCUCAGUUUUCUAUAUCUCCUAAGGAUGAUGCACCUAAGAAGUUGACGAGGUGAAGGAAGUGGAGAGUCACUCGCCUCUUUAGGGCUUUAAUAAAUCAAGUUUCUUCUAUUUAUGUCUCUCGUUGAACUUCAGUAGUUCCGUUACAAAAAAAAACUUCAGUAGUUCCAAAUUUCCUUUGCAUAACUUCUUUUACUUUUCUUGCUUAAGCUUUGAGAAGGUUAAAAGUUUCCCUUGCAUAAACAAGUUCUUAUGAUGUGCAAAACUACUCUUCAAGUGUUUGGGUACUGUUAAUACUUAAUAUAUAUUCAUAGAAUUGUCUUCUUUAUUUUUCUUCUUGUUUCUUCAUUCCCAUUCUUAAUUCAUACAACUUGCUUACUCUUGCAACCCUUUUUAAUUUAGUUCCAACUCUUUCUGCUUUAUUCGUUCUAUAUAUUUGGGAUGUGGGAAGCAUGGUUAGAACUUGUUUCUGGACCAUGGUUAGAACCAAACGUUUCAAUGAAACUUUACUGCCAAACUUAAAUCCCCGUUGCAUUAUUUUGGAGUUGAGGUCAAUCUUGGUGUUCUUUGUUAAGAACCCUUGGAGUGGUAAAACAGGUUUCUAUAUUUAUUUACAUUGUUCAGCUGUUGUUUAUAUAUAUACAUUUCUACAACGAAGUUAUACCUGAUUGAUUGGCGUGAUUUCUCUUCUCUUCCCACCACGGAGGAAAUCACGCCAUCAAUCAGGUAUGAUUUGAACGGAGAGGAGAGAGAGACGAGAGCUUGUUUCUUCUCUCUUAACUCCUCUUUAAAAGUUGGUGAUGGCUCGAUUUGAUUGAUGAACCUGUUGAUUCUUUCAUCCAUUACUUAGAAGAGGAAGAGAAUGUUUUUAGUUAGUAGUACUUUUUUCCCUGAAUAAAUCUGUUGACAAUGUUUGCCGACCAAAAAAUCUGUUGACAAUGGGCUUUCCCUUUUUAAAUUUAAACAUUGCGGAAUUUGAUUCGGCUUUGUCUGAUUAAAAGUUUCGGUUGCGGAUUUUGAUUCGGCUUUGUCCGAUCUUUUUGUUGUGUGUUUAGCUCUUCUCCUUCUGAUAUCAUCUUCAGCCCAUCUGUUCUAAAGGAUUAGAAAAGCUCAACUCUUGAUUCAGAGGUGGACUCAAUCUUUGCAUAUGAGAAGUGAAGUAUCCAUAAAGAUCAAGAUUAGAGGGUCAGAAGGAUUGAUGUUCCUUUAAUUUUAUUAAGUACUUGUUUUCCCAGAAAAAAUCUGUUGACAAAUGGUUGCAGACCAAAAAAUGUGUUGACCAUGGGCUUUCCCUUUUUUAAAUUUAAACGUCGACUAUAGGCUUUAAACAAAUUUCUAUCUAGCCGAAUUAUAUAGUAAGUUGUUGGGUAAACCUAUGAAACAUACGAGUCAAACUCUUACAGUACGUCUCAGGAAGGGUUGAAGGGUACAUCUUCAUACAUAAUUCUUCAUACACCACGCACUCGAAUUGAACUCCAAAUUUUAUAUAUAUAUUCAUAUUCAGACCCACACACUCGAUUGAACUCCAAAUUUUAUCGGGUUUCUGACAUUAUUUUUUGAACUAAAUUAAAAACUAAAAGAACAAAACCCAAAUUCAAUUACUAUUUCCUUAACCAAAAACCAAAACUCACAACCGAAUCGGAACCAAACCAAAAAUAAAAAAAAAUACAAUCUACGAACCGAUAUUUAUAAAAUAUCAUCAAAUCAUAAAAUUUUAAUUAAAAAAAUAACUAUAAAUAUUCAAUAAAUAAUUUUGUGCAGCCCCGCAGAUCAGAAUCUAGUUUUAGGUUUAAAUUUUCGAGAAUAUUUUUAGAUUUUUCGGUCUUGUUUCCAGAGAUAUUCCGUUCUUGGUACAAUAUUAAUUUCGCUUUUCGAUCCACGUAAAACUCUUAUUACCACUAGUAUAGUUUUUUUUUUUGGUAAAAAUGUUAAGUUUUAUUACCAUUUUGUUUUUGACAGAACAACAAAGAGCAGAGGAUGCAAAAAAAUUAAAACUAAACAACAGCUCAAUCUUAAGCAAACACGAGGACAACAACUACAAGUAAAGCAACAAUGAACAGAGACUACAACCAACUUAGCAUAAGCACUUGCCACAAAAUUGGAGCCACAGUGAAACAGAGAACUGAACCUGGUAGAUUUGGCAGUACCCGGUGAUCAGUUCUUAAAGAUUGACUCCUCAAGAACAGCUCGUAAAAGACCUCUUUAGCUGCAGCCACCAUGGACAGAGAGCAGUACAUGAGCACACUCGCAUAGACAGUAGACGAGCUUUAUUUUGGAGAGAAGGACCACCAGAGACGCCACGAACACCACCGAACCUGCAAUGGAGAGCCAGAGCCAAGCUACCACUAAUAUAGUUUAUGAUGAUAAAGAACAUAAAAUAUAAUUAUUGUAUUCUAACAACAUGCAAACAAUGAUAAGAGAUGUGCACAUAUUAGCAAAUUUAGUAGUAAGAAAAAAAAGAUACGCACAUAUUCGUUUAUAUAUAGUAUGCCUUAGCAAAAGUUCGUAUAUAGGUACGGUACCGUAUAUUCUCUGCAGUACAAAAACGUGAAGUGUUUUUUUUUUUUUCCUAACUAAAACGUGAAGUGUUGGAUAUUUGAAUUUUGAAAAUCCUAAGUCUUAAUGAUUUGCUGGAUUUGAAGGCUGCGAUCAGAACAGCAGAUUUUUCGAGGUGAUUUACUCUUGUCUCGUGACCCAACAGUUAUUACCAAUCAUCAUCGACCAAUUUCUCACAUUUCGAAGAACCCUAAAUAGAGAUUGGUUGGUUGGUUCGUACAUUUCGAGAGUUGCUUCUUGUCCGGUUCGAACGUCCUUUCCAUUAUUGGAUUCUCCGUAAUAUUUUGAGAACAUUUUAUACUUCCAAUUUUGUUUCAAAAUAAAUAUCAGUUCCUAAGUAAAAUUUAUUAACUUUACAUGUUAUUCUAUCUUUUUAUUGGUUGAAAUAUGAUUAUGUAGAUAGUAGUAAUGUUUUAUUUAGAAUAUACUCUCUCUCCUUUUUAAAGAGUACCACUUUAGAUUUUUUUCUUGUUACAUAAAAUAUAUCAUUUUAUAUUUCCAAUGCAAUUUUUACUUUUUUCUACUGAAUAUUAAUUGUAAAAUAUAUUGUUCUAAUAAAUAAACUUAUUUAUCUCAAAUAUUAUUGGUCAAUUAGAUGUAAUUAAUUAGAACAUAAAUACAUUUCAAUCAUUCUUUUAAUAUGUGUGAAAAGUGUGUAAGUGACACUUAUAAUAAAACAUAGGAAAUAUGUAAAAUUAAAUAUAUUUUUAAUAUGUGUUCAUAAAACUAAAACGACAACUACAAUGAAACGAAUUGAAUAAUAAUGAUGGCAAUUAUAUUGAUCAACAUUUAAUUAAUUUAGACAAUUGGCUUUCUUUUACUAAAAACCCUAACUAGUAGUAGAUUCUAAAAGCAUCAACAACGGAGCUUCUUAAAGCUGCCCCUUCAAAAAAAAAUUAAAACCAUGCGGAUCCCACCAUUAUUCUUAGGACUGCCUUUUCUACCUUUUUCGUAAGAGGCGAGUUUGGGAGAAUUUUACCACUUUUUGCAGACCCCAUUGAUAUAUGCGAUCCGCGGUUGAUUUGUUUUUAAUUUUUUUUCUAAAUCAGACAAAAAAAAAUUUUAAAAAAAAACCCGACUCUUUUACUGUUAAUGAUGGUCUAAGAACAUCAGCAUUAAUUAGUUUCUCAAACUAAAUCUCUUAUAAAUAUUAUAUUAUUUUAUUUUUUAAAUAAUUUAUUAUAUAGUUGAAAUUUUUAAUCCGAAACAAAAAUGGGUGAUUGAGAGCAAUGCCAAGUGGCAUUGGCGUUUCUUACUAUUGUUUAGGGGUGGGCGUU